CUCUUUGGUUUGAAACUUUUAUAAAUCAGAAGACCUUUGAAUAUCAGUAUCAACAGACCACUCCGUACCAGACAACAUUCAAGCCACGAUUUAACUAAACAUCAUCUUGAUCCAAACAAAAGAAAAGAAAAAAAUAAAAAUGUCCCAAAAACCCCGCGUCCUAACACCCAACACACCACACCCACACCCGCGAGCCCAUCCGCAUCCGCAUGGCCAUGGGCAUCCGCAUCCCCGUCAACCAAUUGAUAUCCGGCAGACUAGGGAGUAUAAAACUGCCGCGAGACGAUGGACGUCGACGAUUGUGGCGUUGCCGAUAUUUCUGGUUACGUCUUAUGUUCUUUGGGAUCGGACGUAUGGGGGUAAGAAGACAGAGCGGUCUGGGGAGGUCAGGAAUGAUUGAUGUGACAUGACAGGCUGCGAGUUGGGGUAUGAUAUUGUGUGACAAGUCUAGCAUGGGAUUGAUGUUGAUAUGAUAUAGCGUUUAUGCAUUGUUCUAUUGGAUAUGACCGAGUAAAUUUAUGUCCUGGAUCUUGGUUGCGUUAUAAAAUCCGACAUGCAGAUGUCCAAAC